CAGACCAGAAUCAUCAUCAUCAGCUUCUGAAGACUUGUCUGCGGGCUUCAAUUAAAAAUCGAUCAAAAUCUCGAGGAUCUAUCUUUUUCACAUAAACAUACAUGCGUAUUUACGUUCUCGCGGCUGUUGCCACAUUCCUAUCACAGCAAAAACUGCCUUAAUUCACAAGUUAAUAAGCAUACGAAAAUCCUCCCACCAAACCCAUCCUUUAGCCUCAACCCUAAGCCUCAACCCCAUCCCAUCAAUUCCAGCUUGUGUCUAAUUCAUUCCAACCCGUCAAUCCGAUUCCAGUCUCUUUGAACCAAUGAUACAGUAACAAAAAGAAGAGCAGGAGCCAACAGCAAGAACCCAAUUUUCCAUUUCGAUUUUUUGGUUCGAAAGAAAUGACUAUUCGACUCUUGCUAUAGGGAGAUCCAUCUUUCAAGGCCUAAUAGCCCAAAUGAUGUUCGGAGCGAUCCAACUGGGAUUGAUGGCUGCGUGCGUGGUGCUCUUCGUUCCAAUGGGAAUGGCCGGCUGGCAUCUGAGCCGUAACAAGAUGCUCUUCUUCAGUGGGGCCCUCUUCAUCACCCUCGCCGUCGGCGUCCACCUCACCCCCUACUUCCCCUCCAUCUCUGACUUUGCCUCCUCUGUCUCCUCCAUCGUGGUCUUCGACAACCGCGACUCCUGCGUCUCUCUCCUUCACGAAGUCGUCUGGGACGUCAAGCCCCAUUCCGCCAACAACUCCUUGGAUUACGGCAAGUCCUGGCGUUGGUCCGGGUCCAGACCCGUUAUCGCGUGUGGGUUCCAGAAGCUCGCUCCAUCUGACGCCUCCGAUUUGCUUAAUGGGUCUUGGGUCGUCUUGGCGGGCGACUCCCAAGCCAGAUUGAUUGCCCUUGCGUUGCUCGAGUUGGUUCUGGAUUCGGAGCGCAUGGAAUCGGUCAAAGUCGAUCUGUUCAAAAGGCACAGCAAUUAUCAUAUUGUGGUCGAUGAGAUUGGAAUGAAAUUGGAUUUUAUUUGGGCUCCCUACGUAACCAAUAUAAUCGAUUUGGUUAUUAGUUUCAAGCGAAAUCGGAACUACCCCGAUGUUUUGAUAAUGGGCUCUGGGUUAUGGCAUAUGCUUCAUUUUACGAAUGCGUCGGAUUAUGGUGCUGGGUUACGUUUAUUGAGAAGUUCGGUGGUGUCGCUUUUGCCGAUUUCGCCGGAGUUAGGCGAGGAGGGGCCCGUGACGGGGUCGGUAUCCGUUAGAUCGCCGCAUUUGUUUUGGAUGGGGAUUCCUACAUUGAUAAACUCGAUGCUGAAUACGGAGGAGAAGAGGGAGAAGAUGACCGAUACAUUGCGGGUUGCUUACGACACGGCACUCCGGAGAAGCAAGCUGUUGCGCCAAUCCGGUGGCCCGCUUUUGCUGCUAGAUGUACAGUCGUUGAGUUGGAAUUGUGGGGUGAGAUGUACGGAGGAUGGAAUGCAUUAUGAUGGAGCUGUGUACGAAGUUGCUUUACACAUCGUGCUUAAUGCACUGCUCAUUGAAUCUCAUCAGAAACUUUGAAGGAGACAGUCUUGAUGACCCAGCAUAUUCAAGGGUUUGGUCCUUGUGAGGGGCCUAAUUUUUCCCACUUAACUUGCAUAUUUGAUUCUUUCCAAGUUUUUUUCCUUGCCUUCUGAUUAACUUAGGAGCAGAUUUUUGUUUUGGCGAUAGUAAUCACACAUUACAUUCAUUUUCUCUUGUUUAUUAUGAAUAUUGGAUACUCAUAGAUCUUGUUUUGGAUAUAGUCGGAGAACUGGGUGUGUCUCACAUGCAAUUUUGAUGUGAAUAAAUGCCAAAGUUUUG